AUGGUAAAUGACAAACUCCAAAUAGGGGAUGAAAUUUUUGAAGAUUGGGAAGAUGAAUUAAAAAUAUACAUUAAAACAUGCAAAGAAUGUCAAAUGAGAAAUGUAAACACGAAAAGGCAUGAGAAGAAUAAAACAAUUAAAAUGGAGGCACCAAACAUACACAUAAGUAUUGAUAUAAUUGGGCCAUUAAAUCAAAAAUCAAAUAAAAAUCAUAAAUAUAUUUUCACAAUUAUGGACGAUUUUUCACGUUACACUUAUGCGGUUCCAAUAGAAAAUUAUCAAUUUAACACUAUUAGUAAAGAAUUACUUCAUUACUUUUGUUUAUUCGGGUAUCCAAAAAUUAUAAAAAGUGACCAAGGUAGAAAUUUCAUACCAGAAGAAUUAAAUCAAUGGUUAUCUAGUUUGAAUAUAAUACAUGAAUAUACAAAACCUUAUCAUAAAAAGGGUAAUUCACUAAUUGAAAAAGCUCAUAAAUGGCUAGAAGAUGGGAUAGCAAAAAUUUCAAGAAAUAAUUCUACAAAUUGGGAUGAAUAUAUAGAAAGAGUCAUAUUUGCAUAUAACGCUACAAGAAAUGAAAGUAGUGGUAGAAGCCCAUUUAGUUGUAUGUUUUUGAGGGAACCUGUAAUGCCUUUGGACAAUCAUCUACUUACCUAUUCAGUAGGAUUACAUGAUAAGUCAAAAGAUUUAUAUGAAUUAUACAAAAUAGCUGCUGAAACACAUUUUGAUACAAAUCAAUUCAUAGAAGGCACACGCAAUAAAGAAAAUUCAAAAGGAUUGAUAAAGAAGUCACAAAAAUUCAAAGAAGGAGAUUACAUACUUAUCAAAAGACCUGAUAAUAAACCUAAGGUUGCCAGUAAAUUUCAAUUCAAAUUUAAAGGGCCAUAUCGUGUGGUUAAACAAGAAGAAAAUAAUGUAACAUAUAAAACAUCAAAGAGAGGAAAAGAGGUCACGGACAAUAUUGAAAACGUUAAGAAAUAUUAUAAAAGAGGCAAUGAGGCUAAGAAAAAUUCCGAUUCUUAA